CAGCCGGACGCCAAAUCCCAAAGGUUUACCUCCCUUGUUUCCUUUCAGCCAUGGAAACCUUAUUCUGUGGCAUCUAUAAUCCCGCCACGUCCAAACAGUAUCAGCCUAUCGUUCCCGUCCAGUUAUCGAUCAGACCAAAGAUACUUUAUUUCAAGCGGGUUGGCAAAUGGGACCAGGAUAGCAUCCAACUCUGGAAAUUGAAUGAACCGAUGGCCGUCUCUGAUUGGAAGAAUAAUCGUAACCCACUCGUUGGCCCUAUCGAGAACUGUGUAACCCAUUUGCCAAUGUCAGCCAAGCUUUUUAUGACCAGCACAAACGACGCUGGUGACGCUUUUCUUGAUUUCGUUGUCGUUCUUGAGCCACCAGAGUCCGAAAAGAGCCUGGAUGAAAUCCAUGUCCUGAUACCUCGUAAUUUCCAAGAUACGCUUUCCGAAGUUCUCAGUGGACCAACGCCUUCCCAGCAGGCCAAGUCGACGGAGUACAAACGUCACCAAACGAAACCAAGACCUAUAUUUGAUGGCCGUUACGACACUGAGAACCCUCGGGAUACUGAAGGUCUACUUAUUGCUCUAUACCAUCCUGUCUUCGCCCAAUUCAGGAUGGAGUUCGCCAAUGUGGAUCUUCCAGUGCCUCAAAGUGUUUUACGCUCAACGUUGAAGGCGCCAGGAAGGAAGAACCUUGUUCUUCACCUCUCAGCUGCCAUCGGUCACUCCCUCGAGCGUCUUGUCAAUAUCGAUGGUACCGAGCCUGAUGGUACCAUUGUACAUCGACCUGCGCGUGCAGUAGAAGGAGAGAACGUGGCCCUUGCACUGGGCGUGAUCAACGAUGAGAUAGGAACGGGAGGGUCCGACCCCUCCAUUCUGUGUGGUCUGUCUGUCCGCCACUUUUGGGCGCAAAAAAAUCGCACUAAUUACAGAAAUGCAACCUGCUGCCCUACUCUUAUCCUCGCAGUUGCAGGCCCUUGGAUGGCUGUCUUCGGCGCCGUCUUUACCGACAAGUUGAUCAUCGAACCAUUGACAGAUCUCAUUAGGGUCGUCAACCUUCGUCUGAACAGCCCACAUUAUGGACGAAUAGCCCGGCUCUUUCACGUCUUCGGCAACUGUCUUACCUCGUUGGCAAAAUACUGGGAUACACUGGCCAUACCUUCUAUACCUGUAUCCUCGAUGGAACACCCUCACUACUUCCCUCAUGUCAACAGCUAUACCUUGAACAACUCGACUACCUCGUUUCGAUAUCUCCGCCCGAUAGAUCCACAAGAUACCCUUUGUGUCACGUUUCUCGCAGAAACAGCAGACCCUUCCCCCACUCACAUUGUUGUCAAGUUCGUGGAGCAGUAUGGGGGUGAAGCACAUCAACUUCUCGCUGAUGCCGAUUUGGCCCCGAAGCUCCUCUAUCAUGGCCCUCUUGAUUCGUCCGCCGGCGCACCUUCAUACGGUAGUCUCCGCAUGGUGGUGAUGGAAGAGGUGGAAGGUACCAACGCGUUUGUUCGAUACCAAGGUCGAAAAGCACCGGAAUCAUUUGUCGCCUCGAUACGCGAGGCUGUACACAAACUGCAUGAACACGGGUUUGUAUUCGGUGACUUGCGGCGCCAGAAUAUCAUGGUCACACGAGAUGAUAAAGUCAAGUUGAUUGAUUUUGAUUGGGCUGGUAAGGAAGGUGAGGCAGAGUACCCGAUGCAGCUGUCUGAAAAAAUACAAUGGGCGCCGGGGGUGGGGGCAAUGGAGAAGGUGUAUAAGGUUCAUGAUAUCUCUAUGAUUGACAAACUGUAUAAUCAUGAUGGGUAGCUGAGAUGUGCAAAUUGGAC